AUGGAGUUGCAACCGAGGGUGAGCUCAAUCAUUGCCACGAGGCUAUGGAAGAUUCUGAAAGUCGCUUUUGUAAUGAUCCGGAAAGGGUUGAUGUCCAAGAGAAAAUUAAUCAGUGACAUGAUUGAAGGGUUGAGGGACGGGAAGCUCAUGAAAGAAUCGCUGAGGAGUCUUAGCUUCAAUCACUAUAACCACUCGAGGAAAAUGCGCCGGAUGGGGCUCAGCGGAUACGAGUACGAGUUCUCCUGCAGCAACAGCCCAAACCCAGUUAUCGUCCACUCGGCCAGGAACAAGAGCCAAUUCUUCCCUUGCAUGAGGCUCUCCAAAGUCAUUGAAGACUUCGUGGAGGACGAGCCCGUGCACCCUGAAACACUCGUUUUUGUGGCGAAGACCACCGAUUACACAUUCAACAUCCAGAUCGAGCAACGCAGCCCACUCCUCUCGCCCUACUCGGUGAGGGUCUCUAAUUACUCAUCAGAUGAUGAGGGUGAUGGAAAAUAUGGGCAAGUUGACUACGAGGCUGAGGAAUUCAUCAGCAGGUUUCGUGACCAACUGAGGAAGCAAAAGGUGCACUAA